CCACCACCACCACGCGUCGCCGCGCAGCUGCUAGAAAGUAUCGGAAACGCGCCACGUCGACCUCCGCCGCCGCCACCUCUUCCCUCCUCGGCUUCGAGAAGCUGCUCUCUCACGAGACACGACGACUGACGGACCCGAACAGCAGAGGCAUCAAACCCCCAGAACCUCUGAGGAAAGACGAAACCCCAAGGCGGAGGACCGAGGACCCGAUGGAGAAGAAGGAUCUGCUGGCCGUCCGGAAGAAGCUGCCUGCGUCGGCGGCAAAGCGGAGGCGCAAGGUGGUGGCGCCCGCUAAGGCCGGCGCCGGGGGGCGGCUCGCGAAGGUGAUCGCUGCGUACCUCGCGGCCGACUCCUACAUGUACGCGCCGCUGGUCUCCGCUCCGCCGUCGCCCCCACCGCCGCCUCGGGCGGCCGCGGUGGCGCCAUCCGCGGCGCCUCCUAUAUCCACUCCUGAAAGAAGUCACACUGGUGCAAAAAUGCAGAGGCUCUUUGCAAGCAACAUUCACUGCCUACUAGAAGUAUUUGUGGACAUGUUCUUGGAGCUGUUCGGAGCUGUGUGCUUCUUGUUCUAGCAUGACCUUUAAGAGCUACAAUAGUUGUUUCUGUGCUCUGUUAUGUUAAUGACUAGAUAUUGUGGCUUUGCAAUCUACCUUCUUCUGGAGUUCUCAUGUGAUUGCUCACCAUUUUAAUAUGGAUUGUAAGUAGUUUUAUUGUGUGAUCUAUGUUCACUAAUGCAUCCAAACUUCUCAUACUGCCCAGUAUAUCCUGUCUAUUUUUCUUAA